AUGCAGGCGUUCGCGAUGUUCGCAAUGGGACAAACCAUGCCAGCCGGUCCCACAACCACCGUGACACAACCGGAGGCUGUCGAGACACCACCCACUGCUGUACCCGAGCUCGUACCGGAGGCUGCUACCAUAAUUCCAGAAGAAACCACCUCUGCACAGGACACAGUCCCAGUCAUCACCACCAAGCCGGAGGACGAUGCAGUACCCGCUGUUCCAGUACCAACCCUUGCGGAGAUUCGCGAAGUAGAGACAGAUCUGGCCGCGGGACUGAAUUUAUUGGCCGUAAGCGAACCCAGGUUAGAUUCUGAUUCUACGAGGGAAACCCCUGUUUUAAAGGAUGGAGAGGAAGGUGGAGCACUCGAUUCUGAGGAUGCUCAAGAAACUGUUGAUGCAGGACUCAACAUGAUAGUGGAUCUAACUGAGGAUAAGGAAACGCUGGACCUAGCGACAGCCGUGUCUGAGCAGGGAGACUCCCCCAGACCGAGUGGAAGGGAGAGUGAAGAAGAGGGGCGCCGCGCGAUGGCUAAGAAAAGGAAAGGUAAACAAAUUGCUUCCUCCUCGACCGAGAAGGCGAGGGGGAUAUCUACUGAUUCCCCACUUCCUCCACCUGCCAAGGUACCAUACGCCGCAGAGCCCGAGAGUCCUGCCAGGUCCAGCGAUUCAGAGGAGGACCAAGAGGCAGAUGUACUGAACUUUGAGCCGACGGAAAUUUGGAUUACAAAGGAACUGCUGGACGAUAUGAGAAAAUUUGACGAUCCGAAACGUGCGGCCAUAUACAAGGAGAAGAGUGCUGAGGGAAAGGGGACGACGACUGGAACAGUAGAAAAGAACCCCUUGCCUCAGGAAAAAGAUGUUCCCAAGAAGGAGUUGAAAACACUUCCGCCAGGCCUAAAGUAUGCUUACCUUGAGGCGAAUGAGACUUUUCCGGUGAUUAUCAACAGCAACUUGAUCAAGGAACAGGAGGACGGAUACAGUGGGUAUUUCCAAAUUUACGUGGACCCCGAGGACCAGGAGAAGACAACUUUCACGUGUCCGUUCGGAACGUAUGCAUAUCGGAGAAUGCCGUUUGGCCUUUGCAAUGCACCAGGCACUUUUCAACGGUGUAUGAUGAGUAUUUUCUCAGACCUGCUGGAAGAUUGCAUUGAGAUCUUUAUGGAUGACUUCACUGUAUACGGGGAUUCAUUUGAUUCAUGUCUGGCGAGCUUGGAUGUAGUACUGAAAAGAUAUCACGCUGCGAUAAAAUACUUACUGGCAAAAAAGGAGUCUAAGCCAAGGUUGAUCCCUUGUGGGGGUCACUUUGGACCUAGGAAGACUGCAAGGAAGGUUUUAGACAGUGGUUUCUACUGGCCGAUAUUACACAAGGAUGCAUUCGAAUUCUGCCAGAAUUGCGAAAGGUGUCAGCAGACCGGAGGAAUUUCUAGAAGGGACGAAAUGCCACAAGUUCCGGUGAUUGUUUGUGAGAUUUUCGAUGUUUGGGGUAUGGACUUUAUGGGUCCAUUUCCAUCUUCAUAUGGGAAUACAUACAUACUUGUGGCGGUGGACUACGUUUCGAAAUGGAUAGAGGCAAAAGCUACGACCUCCUGCGAAGCUGUAGAAGUAGCCAAAUUUCUGCGAUCUAACAUUUUCAACAGGUACGGAAUCCCUAGGGCUGUCAUCUCAGACCAAGGAACCCAUUUUAAGAACCGUACAAUAGAGGCUCUCAUGAAGAAAUACGGAGUCCACCAUAGGUUGUCUACACCUUAUCAUCCUCAGUCCAACGGCCAGGCAGAAAUAUCAAAUAGGGAGAUAAAGGCCAUUCUCGAAAAAACGGUGAACCCGUCUAGGAAGGAUUGGAGUAAGAGACUGGAUGAUAAUACCCAUGGAUAA